CUGCUUUUAUACAGGAGCAGAAUCGCUCUGAUUGGAUUGUGGUGACCCAGGAGUCUUCUGAGGCCCGGUUCCGGAAGUGCACGACUGAUCCGUCAUUGGCUCAGCUGAUCCGCGCUCGUUUCCGAUUGGCCGUUGUCAACUCGCCGCCAUCUUCCCAGCCCCCUUUAACAAAAUUAAUUUCAAGUUACUUGUUUCAUCGAUGGUGCUUCAGAACUCGUUAAUCACCGUUACGCAUAAUUUUGAAAUUUUCUUCUGUUUAGAUAGAUAAAAUAGAUUAUGUUCGAAAGAGAAAGGGCUUUAGAAUUUCUCUUAAGAAACGUCCGCCAUUUUCUGCGGGUACGCCGUUUCCCUCUGGGGGGUAUUUCCUUAUUUGCAAAUUCCCCUCUUCGGGGUUACCAUGCUGCAAACUGCUAAAUCCACCCCAACCCCCCAAAAGGGCUCCAGGAAGGCGGUGACCAAGGCGCAGAAGAAGGACGGCCAGAAGCGCAAACGCAGCCGCAAGGAGAGCUACUCGGUGUACGUGUACAAGGUGCUGAAGCAGGUGCACCCCGACACCGGCAUCUCGUCCAAGGCCAUGGGCAUCAUGAACUCGUUCGUCAACGACAUCUUCGAGCGCAUCGCGGGCGAGGCGUCCCGCCUGGCGCACUACAACAAGCGCUCGACCAUCACGUCCAGGGAGAUCCAGACGGCUGUGCGCCUGCUGCUGCCCGGGGAGCUGGCCAAGCACGCCGUGUCCGAGGGCACCAAGGCUGUCACCAAGUACACCAGCGCCACUCAUUUAGAGCCACUCAUUUUUUGCAUAUUGAGAACAGUAAUAAAAAUAUUCUCAGCAUACUUUGAUAGUAUGCAUGGAUUUGGGGGAAUGUUUACAGUAGGAACUUGGCUAAAGCUCUAAAGGAUAGUCUGGGUUUUGUGCUUUGUUCAUUACUUUUUGGGUUUGGUGCUUUGUUCAUUACUUUUCAAAUUUGUCCUUCUGUUUCAUCUACUCGUUUAAGUUUUAAAAUUAUUUUGUAGUUGGUGUCUGGAACUUAAAGUUGUCUAUAGUUAAUACAUGUACUUGGGUUAUUUGCUUUAAAUGCAAAGCCCGUAUUAUAAGAAUAUAAUUGUAUGUGUUUCAUAAACGUUAGUCAUGCAAUGAAGUUAUUUUACAAAGGACACCAAGUCUCACUUAGUCGUCAUAUAGUAGAUAUUGAACUAGGCCUGGGGAAUUACUGGACCCUAUAAUUUAAAUUUUAACUAGUAAUAUAGACUGCUUAAAAAAUAUUUCUUCAAAUUUAUAAUAUCAAUUUUUAAAUUAUCUUCAUUUUGCCUUUCUAUUGAUGUAAUCAACUAUAUAGC